AUGUUCGAAUCGGCCGUGAAGAGUCUCGCCCAGAUGAUACGCAUGGACUUAGACUCUGGCUUAGUAGGAACCGACUUUCUUGGCACGAGGGCGUCUGCUGACGCGCGUGGGGUUACACGGCCCGUUUACGGCUGCCCUUUGUGCUCACUCGUCUACAGAAGUUACCACCACCAUCACCGUACCGACGCCGUGUACCACUGUUUACACAGUUCUACUUGUACACUCCAGCCGCUCCACUACAUUCGUCCAUUUUAUAGUCCACUCUGGCGUUCCCUCAAUAUGCCUCAGCUCAGGCCUAUCCUCUGCCAAGAAGGACGGGGGCCUGACCUCGAGCGCCUGACAAAAAGGCGUCCUACGAACACGGGCUCCUGCACAAGCAACCACAGGCAAAAGCUGACCGAGGCCCAGUAG